AUGCGUCAGCUGCGCUUCGCGAUGGUUUGUGCGUCCAACCAGAACCGCUCGAUGGAGGCACACGCCUUGCUUAAAAAGCAUGGAAUGAACGUCAGCUCUUUCGGUGUUGGUGCUCAUGUGAAGCUCCCAGGACCCAGUCAGAAGGAGCCCAACGUGUAUAAGUUUGGCACGCCUUACAAGACCAUAUACGACGAUCUGGCCGCCAAGGAUCCGGAUCUCUACAACCGAAACGGUCUACUGGAAAUGCUUAAAAGAAACAUGGGCGUCAAAUUGGCUCCGGAGCGGUACCAGGAGAAUAGGGACCAGUUCGACGUGGUGAUCACGUUUGAGGAGCGGGUGAUGGAGCAGGUGCUGGAGGACAUGAAUCAACGACCUCAGGCGUCCUUGCAGCCGCUGCUGGUGUGCAACAUGGACGUUAAGGACAAUCACAAGGAAGCGAUGUUCGCAGCGUUGCAGACAUUGAAGCUAUGCCAGAUGCUGGAGCAGGGUGGAGAGUGGGAGGACUGCGUGGACGCCGUGGUGGCACAAUUUCAACAGGAAACGGGACGUCGCCUGACGUACACCAUAUGCUAUUACUAG